AUGACGACCCUAGAGGAACGGCCAAAACUUAUAGUGGGUGUUGACUUCGGAACAACCUUCAGCGGUGUUGCCUGGGGAUUGGAAGACUGCCCUGAUGAUAUCGAGCUCAUUCAGACAUGGCCAGGGGUGGCAACAAAAGUCCCAACCAUAUGUUCCUACGACAACGAGCGCAUGAAAUGGGGUUAUCAGACUGACCAGUCGAUCCAUCCGGGCAAGCACCAGCGGCUCAUCCAAGGAGUCAAGCUUUUGCUAGAUGAGAGUCAGAAAUUCCGCUACCUACCUGCCAGUGACUCUCAAGACAUUAUCAAAGACCUCAAUAAAACGCCCGUGGAGGUUGCUGGGGACUACCUGGGAAAAGUAGUCGCACACGCUAAGGAUGUCUUGACGCGUCGCUUUGGAACUGCGCUCCAGACCAUGGACUUGGAAUAUAUCCUUACUGUCCCUGCUGUGUGGUCUGACAAAGGCAAAGACUAUACUAGGCAGGCGGCACAACGGGCGGGUGUACCUCCAGCAAGUUUAAGACUCUUGUCCGAACCUGAGGCGGCUGCGGUUUGUGCAAUUCGAACAAUCCAACCGAAUACAAUCUCGGAAGGCGACUGCCUGAUUGUCUGCGAUGCGGGGGGUGGAACCGUGGAUAUCAUUACCUACCGCGUCAAGCAAACCAACCCCUUGAGGUUUGAGGAAGCAACGAAGGGAACUGGUGCUGUUUGCGGCUCAGUGAUGCUCGACGAGCGGUUCGAUGCGCUUAUCAAAAGAAUCAUUGAGAAAGAAUCGAAUGAGCCACUCCCACAGUCUACAGCAAGGGCUGCACGGAAGUACUGGCAAGACUACAUUAAGCCUGGCUACACAGGUCCUCUCGACGAUGAUGAGAUGUGUGAGCUUGGAUAUUGGAUCCCUGUUCCGGGGUUUUGGGGAUCCCAAACCUCGAGCUUAGUGAGGGGUACUUAUAUCUCGACAGACCAAGUGAAAGAAAUCUUCGAUCCUAUCAUUCGGCAGAUAGAGAAACUCGUCGCCAAGCAGAGGGAGAGCGUCAAGGAAGCAGGCUUUUCAACCAAGGCUAUUAUUCUAGUCGGAGGCCUUGGUGCCUCGGGCUAUCUCUACAAGCGCUUACAGGCUGCUUCUGACGGCAUCCAAAUCAUGCAGCCCCCAAAUGCAUGGUCUGCUGUUGUUCGGGGUGCUGUUAUUCGUGGACAAGAAGGCAACCAAGUAGAGAGUCGCGUUGCCCGUUGCAACUAUGGCGUUCAGAUGAGAGUCAACUUUGAUCCUAAAAAGGACCGCGCAGAUGAACACCUCGUAUGGUGUCCUUAUGAAGAGGAAUGGAUGUUGGAGCGGCGUAUGAGAUGGUAUAUCCUCAAAAAUUAUGACUGCUUAACGGACUUUAAGGGAAAAUCCGUCGCCGAGAGCGAGCCAAUAAGGAUGAACUUCUACCGUGUGGUUGGCAUUGGCCAGUCCUUUGUAUUUCACGACAACUUGGCGUUUAGCCACGCAAACACAGCUCCUAAAGUUACUGACUCUGGUGUCACGAAACUGUGUGAGCUGGAGGCAGAUCUGAGUAGAAUCCCGAAAGAGCUUUUUACAAAGAAAACCAACUCCAGAGGGAAGCAAUUUUACCAUGUCAGCUACGACUUGGUCCUGACGCCAACUUCCGCAUCACUAUUGUUUGACCUACAAUUCAAUGGUGUCUCCUAUGGAAGUGUGAGAUCUCGCUAUUGA